UGCCACGUUAAGCCAGCUACUUGUUAGCACUCCGAUUAGUGACAGCUGUUUAAUGUAUACAUUGAAGAUGGCAGAAAAGGUCAAAGAAGAGAGACAGAGUCCACUACAUGAUGUACGAAAAGAAAGACUUAAUGGGAAGAAUGGUAGAUAUGACACAGAUAAACCAGUCAAAACCCAUGAAGGAUUGGCCAGGCCAGUUUAUAAACGGGGGCCAAAAGCUGGUGACAUGACCACGAAAUGGACACAGAGCGAAGUGCGCUACAUGGGUUACAAAAAGUUGGAAGAAUUGAUGCAAAGGAAUCAGGGUGAUGCUCUUCUGUACUUGGCAUCCCCUAAAAAUGGUUUUCGUGAGCUUCUCGUGUCCAAAAAGCUGGAAGGUGGUCUUCUUUCUCUUCUCCUGUCUGUGUUGGCUUAUGUAGGUCAGGCAGAUCAGCUCCGAUCGCAUUUGAUUACGGUUCUCAACAUUACCAAUGAAUCGCCAUUGCUUUCAGCAGGAGGUCCCGUUCAGAGCUGUAUUAUCAAGAUGGUUCUAGCCCGAAACAGCCAGGCUGUCGAUGUCAAUUUUCUUGGCAAUGUAAUCAAGUUGGUCCAGUUACUUCUGACUCUUCUGCCUCGAUCUAGUCACCUACAUGCCAGCACCCUUUUACCAUUAAUACAGAAGGUAGUAGAUGGCAAGGCAGACAGUGGUAAUAUUGACUGCCUGAAAGGACCAUUACAGCAAGCUACCGAAAUAAAAGAUGCCGUCGAAAAUGACUUAAGACUGGGUUUUAAAGCACAAGAUGCAGAAAAUGCUCCUGAAGAUCUCACAACUCCUCCCGAUGAUUUUCGUGAGUGCAGUAUAUUUCCAAGUAGGGAAGACCUUAUCACCGAUGAACAACCUUUCCUGAGGGCCAACAUUGUGAAGGGAAAGUACAGUUCCGUUGAUCAUUAUCUUGAUGUCCAGUUUAGGCUGCUGAGGGAAGAUUUCAUAGCACCACUUCGCAAUGGCAUCAAAGAGUACUUGGUCAAUUUAGAUCGUGGGCAAGAACAUGCCAGGUUGUCAGAUGCUAGGGUUUACCAUCAUGUGUACUUUCAAAUGCCCAAUUGUGCUAAGAAUCAAAUCACUUAUCCGGUCAAGUUUGAUGUGUCAAGGCUCUCCAGGGUCAAGUGGGAGCACAGUAAACGGUUGAUAUGUGGCUCUCUUGUGUGUCUAUCAAAGGACAGCUUUGAAACUGUAAUUUUUGCAACAGUUGCUGAUAGAGACCCAAAGAAGCUUCAGAAAGGUAUUAUUGAGCUCCACUGUGAUACAGAAAGCCUUGCAGUGCUUUCCGCAAGCAUGCGUGAGGUUUUCGUCAUGGUUGAGUCUUCUGCCUAUUUUGAAGCAUACCGGCAUGUCUUGAGGGGGCUUCAGGAGUUGAGCCAGGAAAAUUUACCCCUUCAAGAGUACAUUAUUGGCUGUGAUAGUGCGCCCAGACCACCGAAAUACAUUUUAGAUUCGGGCCUGCCAUUGGACCUCACCUGUCUAAUCGACAGAGAUAUUGUAGGACGACAAAAGUUUGAAGCAGUUGAUAUUUUCAAAGAAGAUACCUGGCCAGAUGCAGAGAAGCUGAAUUUAGAUGAGUCCCAAAGUGCAGCAUUAAAGAGUGCUCUAACCAAAGAAUUCUCUGUCAUUCAAGGUCCACCGGGAACGGGAAAAACAUACAUAGGGUUAAAAGUUGUAAGAGCUCUCAUGGCAAACAGACCAAUUUGGGCAUCUGGAGAGAGAGAGGAAAAUGGGAAUGUUAUCCAGCACGAGACAUUAGAUUUGCUUGACCCAGAAGAGGGAGCCCUAGAAAAGAGAGACGUUAACAAACCAAUACUGCUUGUAUGUUACACCAAUCAUGCCCUAGACCAGUUUUUAGAAGGCAUUGUAAAAUUUCAGCCCAACAAAGUUGCAAGAAUUGGAGGAAGAAGCAGCUCUGAAGAUCCUGCUCUUCAAAGGUGUCUUCUGCAAAAUCUAAAAAAAGAUCAUCCAACUGACAGGGAAAGAAGGAGGGGAAUCGCCCGUUUGCUUGGGGAGCUUUCGUUAUUGGCAGAGGCCGUCCGUUAUUUUACAGAUAUUUACAAUUCCCUCAGUUAUAUUGGAAAUAAACAAAUACGCAGUUUGUUAUCUGAAUCGCAACAGAAGUCUCUAGAGUAUGUUGCGAAAGAUGUUGAUUACUGGCUUCUUGCUGAAGACCGCAAGGUAAUCUUGCAGCAAGAGAUUAAACAACGGCACCAGUUUAAGAAUGAUAGUCAGUCUGCUGGCGAAGAGCCAGCAAACAUUAAUGAAACAAACCCCCAAACAAGUGGCAGGGAUGUGGAAGACGGAGACGAGUUGUUAGCAGUGUCUGAAGAGAAAUCAGUCUACCGAAGCGAGGGAUCUACCGAAGAAACAGUAGGCGUUGGUGAAACAAGCCCCCAAGAAAGUGACAGUGAUGUGGAAGAAGGAGACAAGCUGUUAACAGAGUCUGAAGUAAAUAGAGGAGACCAAAUCAAGGAAUCUGACGUGUCUGAACUUUGCAAUAGAAAAGAAGAAUUGUCGGAUGGAGAGAGUGAUCUAGAUGAAACAGCUACUGGAUUAAAGACGCCAGAGACAAUUGAGGAAGAUGGAGAUAUGAGAAAAAGUGACAGCGAAAGUCUGUUGAAUAAAGAAGAUAGCUCCGUUGCUGUAAAAGGAGAGGCUGAAUUAUUGUCCGAUCAACGUGAAAUCAUAGAAGGAGAAUAUGAUUUUGAAUCAGAUCAAACGUCAUUUAAUCAGGCCGAUGAUUUCUUGGAUGAUGUUCAAAUUGUGGAUAAUGACACUGAUAUUUUGAAGACCAUCGCUCAACAUGUAGUAAAAUCGGAAGAGAUGGAGGAGAAUGCAUAUACUACCGAGAUGGACAAAUUUGAACAGCCUUUAAAAAUGUCGAAAAAAAUGAAAAGGGAAAUGCGACUAGAGAUGAAGAAAUUUGAAAGUGUACUUCACCAGGCCAGUUGUGGUGAUGACUACAUGACUGAAGAGGAGGCAGAAAGCAUAGAAAACCUUUGGGUUCUCUCCAUUGCAGACAGAUGGCGUUUGUAUCGUUAUUGGAAACGCUUAUUUUAUGAGGACAUUUUCCAGCGCCUUCAGUAUAAGAUCAUAGAAUACAAUCGUACUCGGCUUGCACUGCAAGAAAUAUACGAUGACCUAGAUUUCCAGCUGCUUCAAAACAUGCAUAUAUUAGGCAUGACUACGACUGGGGCAGCAAAGUAUCACCACAUUCUCAGACGACUUCGUCCGCGGAUUGUUAUUGUAGAAGAGGCAGCAGAAGUGUUUGAGUCCCACAUUGUGACGACACUCACAGAAGGUUGCGAGCACCUGAUUCUCAUAGGAGACCAUCAGCAGCUACGACCAAACCCUGCUGUUUAUGCUCUGGCCAAGAAGUUCAACCUAGAGAUAUCCCUUUUUGAACGAAUGGUGCGAAACGGUAUGCACUGUGACAGACUGGCCAUACAGCACCGCAUGCGACCUGAGAUAUCACGUCUUCUGGUGCCUGACAUAUACGACCAUCUUCUUGAUCAUGAGUCUGUUCGCCAUUAUGUGAAUGUGAGAGGAAUUGAAGAAAACUUGUUCUUUAUUGACCACAAUUUCCAAGAAGAGAGUGACGAUGAUAGCAAAAGUCACUCCAACAAGCACGAAGCAUCCUUCCUUGCUGCUCUCUGCCAGUAUCUCAUAAAUCAAGGUUACAGUAAAUCACAGAUCACCAUUCUGACCACAUACACUGGCCAACUUUUCGAAAUGAAAAAACACCUCCCAAGAGAUAAAUUCCAAGGGAUUCGAGUAACGCCCGUGGACAAUUUUCAAGGAGAGGAAAAUGACAUAAUUCUUCUCUCCUUAGUCCGCAGCAACAAGGAAGAACGCAUUGGUUUUCUUAGUAUUUCAAACCGUGUUUGCGUGGCUCUUUCUAGGGCGAGAAUGGGUUUCUAUUGUAUAGGGAAUGUUUCGCUAAUGGCACGAAAAAGUAGCCUCUGGAAAAAGCUGGUCAAUAAGCUGAAAGAACGACAACAGGUGGGCACAAAACUGACUUUGUUUUGCCAAAACCACCCCAAAACGAAAUAUCACGUAUCUAAGAAAGAGGAUUUCCAGCACGUGGCCGAUGGUGGGUGCCAAUUGCCAUGCGAAUUUCGUUUGGAGUGCGGCCACGUAUGUGCACGUAGGUGUCAUCCUUAUGAUCUAGACCACAAGCUGUACAAAUGUGAAAAGCCAUGUGAAAAACCCUGUGACAUUGGACACAAAACCUGCAAGAGAAAAUGCUUUGAGAUUUGUUCGCCGUGCAGUUUUAUUGUAAACGCGCGGCUGCCAAAAUGUCACCACGAAAUUUUGACCGAAUGUCACAGAGAUCCAGAUAACAUAAUUUGCCCUAUCCCAUGCGAACGGCUCCUUAACUGUGGGCAUGAAUGCAAAAACCUGUGCUCUGAACCAUGUACCGUGCAGUGUGAAAGAGAAGUAUUAAAACAUUUGCUGUGUGGGCACAGCUGCCUUCUACCCUGUCACCAGGAUGAAACCCUCGUGAGGUGUGACUUUAUGGUAGAGAAACAACUGCCCUGUACCCAUGUGGCAAAUGUUCCCUGUCAUACAGACGUAACAAACAUAGAAUGCCAACAACCGAUUACCGUAAGGCUUCCUUGUGCCCACCAUAUUGAAGUGAAAUGCCAUGAAAGAUACGCAGCCUUGUCUCGCCGAUGUACAGUGUUUGUAGAAAGAUUAUUGCCCUGUGGACACACAGGAAUAAUGUCUUGUCAUCUAGAACUGGGACAUUACAAAUGCAGACAAAAAAUGAUGCUGACAUUCCCAAAGUGCAACCACCAAGUAGAGGUGAAGUGUGCCACUCGAGAAAAAGUCUUAUUGAAGGGGUGUGAGGUGAAAGUGCAACGAACGCUCUCUUGUGGCCACCGGGUCAAAGCAAGUUGUGGAAAGGCUGAAAAGGAAUUAGUGGAAGCUUGUCCCGCUGUCUGCAGAAAAACACGUUCUUGUGGUCACACUUGUGAGGGAACAUGUGGUUCUUGCAGACAGGGUACCCUCCACAUCCCGUGUUCAAGUCCUUGUUUACUUGUGUAUCCUUGCGGGCAUAUAUGCAAGGAGAAGUGCAGUGCUGUAUGCAAACCUUGCUCAGUCGGUUGUGAACGAUCCUGCGCUCACCUGACAAAAUGCAGUAAGAAAUGCAGUGACGUCUGCACGCGUUGUCCUCAGCCAUGUGACUGGAAGUGCUACCAUGCCCAGUGUAAAAGCCUCUGCUCCGAGAUAUGUUCAGAUCGCUUAAUCUGUGAUGAGCCUUGCCCGGAAAAACUAAGCUGCGGCCACCCUUGUAUUGGGAUGUGUGGGGAACCAUGCCCAUUGCUGUGUCGAAUAUGCAGCAAGAAAAGCAAAGUCUUUGCCGGUUUACCACCCAGGUCCCGCUUUAUCAGAGUCCAACCGUGCAACCACGUCAUCGAGGUGACCAAGAUGGAUGCCCACAUGGCUCGCCAAGGAGAUGUAGUGACACUAGCCCCAAAACGAUGUCCUCUUCCAAACUGCAGGAGAAUAAUCCAAAUAUGCCCUCGAUAUGCAAAAGAGCUGAAGACGUACAUUAAAGCCAAGGACGAGGCAUCAGCGAUUUUAAGAUAUGAAUAUUCUCUUUGUCAGCAGGUUCUUAAAUCUACAGAGUUGAUGACGAGAAUAAAAUCGUUGGAUUCUCCAAUCUGCGCUGAGAUAUUUGAUUUUUGCAGCACUUCUGAGAUCGAAGGUCAAAAGGUACAAAUGGAUAAAGAGACCUCCCUGAUGUUGCUGACAAUGGGCACCAUUUUAGAUGCAACAGACGCCAUUAAAGAAGUAAACUUGUUAAGGUUUUACCAUGACUCUACCAGCCAGGCAAAUCUUAACAGUAUUUUCGAAAGACUGCGAAGUGCUGAAGAUGACGCCGACCUUUUCAAUCUGGUCAAUACUCUACAGCAUCUUUUCCUUCGUACAUUGAUCCUAUCGUCACGCACAGAGAUGGAUGGGGUGAACGUGGGUCUUGGCACGGCCCAACGUCUCGAGGCCUUGGACUGCCCCUGGUCAGAACUUGUGCUGAUUUUCAAGAAAAUGAAGGGGGUAGACGAUCAACGCUCUCGCCAAAUGAAAGCACUGUUGCAUGCGCCGUUUACUUUACCGGAACGGCGGCAGUGGUGGUACUGCCAAAGAGGUCACGUGAUGAGGACCUCCAGCAAAGAGGCCCCAGCAUGUGAGGCCUGCGCCCUUGGAGGAGAAACGGACCUUAGUCUUCACCAGGAGAGUCGAACUAAUGCAGUCACCACAGAUUCUUCAGGUCAACGCCGUCUGGAGACAAUUGCCGGGCGCCGUGGUGGUGGUGGUGGUGGUGGUGGUUUCGCACGUGGUGGGGGAAGAGGUCGUGGAGGUCGAGGCCGAGGGGGUCAAGGUCGUGGUGGAUAUCGUGGUAUACGAAGGUAA